CGCUAUGUUCCGGUGCAUGGACCACGCGAGCGCGCGGCUCUUUCCGCGGGGAGACUAUGAGGAUGGCGGCGGCGGCGGUGGCGGACGGAGCGCGAGCUCUGGACGAGUCCUCGGACAGCGACGCGGAGCACGAGCCCGGCGCGCCGCAGAAACUUAUCCGCAAAGUGUCCACUUCCGGUCAGAUACGCAGUAAGACGGUGCUAAAAGAGGGGAAGCUGAUGAAACAGACAAACUCUUUUCAGCGGUGGAAGAGACGCUACUUCAAACUGCGAGGAAGAACACUUUACUAUGCUCAAACUGCUAAGUCAAUAAUUUUUGAUGAAGUGGAUUUGACUGAUGCCAGUGUGGCUGAGUCCAGCACCAAGAACGUCAAUAACAGCUUCACUAUCAUCACUCCGUGCAGAAGAUUGAUUCUCUGUGCUGAGAACAGGAAGGAGAUGGAGGAAUGGAUUUCAGCUUUGAGAAGUGUACAGAGCAGAGAGCACUUUGAGGCCUCUCAGUACAGUAUGGACCAUUUCUCCGGGAUGCACAACUGGUUCUCGUGCUCUCACGCUCGGCCCACGUACUGCAACGUCUGCAGGGAGGCGCUGAGUGGAGUGACAUCACACGGCCUGUCUUGCGAAGUGUGUAAGUUUAAGGCUCAUAAACGCUGUGCCGUCAGAGCCACGAAUAACUGCAAAUGGACGACGCUCGCAUCCAUCGGAAAAGACAUCAUCGAGGAUGAGGACGGGAUCUCGAUGCCCCAUCAGUGGUUGGAGGGAAAUUUACCCGUCAGUGCAAAGUGCAGUGUGUGUGAUAAGACGUGUGGCAGUGUUCUCCGAUUGCAAGACUGGCGCUGCCUUUGGUGUAAAGCCAUGGUGCAUGCCUCGUGUAAGGAUCAGCUCUCUACUAAAUGUCCACUCGGUCAGUGUAAAGUGUCUGUGAUUCCUCCUACUGCUCUCAACAGCAUCGACUCAGACGGAUUCUGGAAAGCAUCGUGCCCACCUUCGUGCACCAGCCCCCUGCUGGUGUUUGUGAACAGUAAGAGUGGAGAUAAUCAGGGCGUGAAAUUUCUGCGCAGGUUCAAGCAGCUGCUCAAUCCAGCACAGGUGUUUGACCUGAUGAACGGAGGACCUCACCUGGGACUGCGGCUUUUUCAGAAGUUUGAUACGUUCCGGAUCCUGGUGUGUGGAGGAGACGGCAGUGUGGGUUGGGUUCUGUCUGAGAUAGACACACUGAUGCUGCACAAACAGUGUCAGCUGGGAGUUUUGCCACUGGGAACUGGAAACGAUCUGGCCAGAGUUCUGGGCUGGGGGUCGGCAUGUGAUGAUGACACACAACUUCCUCAGAUCCUUGAGAAGCUUGAAAGAGCCAGCACCAAGAUGCUUGACAGAUGGAGUAUCAUGGUGUAUGAGACGAAGAUUCCACGCCAACACUCGAGCUCCACAGUAACGGAGGAAUGCAGCGAUGACUCAGAGGUGCAGCACAUUCUCACCUAUGAGGAUUCGGUCGCAGCUCAUCUGUCCAAGAUCCUAACUUCAGAUCAGCAUUCAGUAGUGAUCAACUCUGCGAAGGUUUUGUGUGAAACGGUGAAGGAUUUUGUGGCUAAAGUGGGUCGAGCGUAUGAGAAGAACACCGAGAACUCUGAGGAAUCAGAGACCAUGGCCAAAAAGUGUGGAGUCUUAAAAGAGAAGCUGGACUCGUUGUUAAAGACGUUGAGCGAGGAAGCUCAGGCUUCUGUCGUCAUGCCAACGCCAACCCCAACCAUUGCAGAGGAGCAGGAAGAAGGAGAGCUGCAGGUUCCACAGACCACGCCUACAGUCAAACUCUCAGCCCCGCCUCCUUGUUCACCCCGCCCAUCUGCUGCCAUCUUUAAACCUAGAGAGCAGCUGAUGCUGAGAGCCAACAGCUUGAAGAAAGCCAUCAGACAGAUUAUAGAGCACACAGAGAAGGCGGUGGACGAACAGAACGCUCAGACGGAUGAAGUGUUUGGCGCAGUGUCUCCCCAGGAAGAGGACGAGGAAGAGGAGGAAGAGAUUCAGGAAGAUCAGGAGUCUCUGAGAUCUUACAGCACCAGAGCACGCCAUCUCAGGAGAGUGUGUAAAGCUCCAUGUGAGAAGCUCAUCGCUAAAGGCAGCUUAUCAGUGGGAAGCUCUGCAUCACUUCCUGCUCAGACAGGAAGUCGAGAAAACAUGCUGAACUCCAAGAUCCUGUACCCAACAGGGAUGUCUGGAACUCUUCCGAGCAGUUCAAUUAUCAGCAGGCUGCUGGUGAAUGCCGACCCCUUCAUCUGUGACCUGGAGAACCUGGAGUGUUACACUGAGAAGUGUGUGAUGAAUAAUUACUUUGGAAUUGGAUUAGAUGCCAAAAUCUCACUGGACUUCAAUAACAAGAGGGAUGAACAUCCGGAGAAAUGCAGGAGCCGUACCAAGAACAUGAUGUGGUACGGUGUGCUGGGGACCAAAGAGCUUCUUCACAGAACCUACAGAAACCUUGAGCAGAGAGUGCUGCUGGAGUGUGAUGGAAGGCCCAUUCCUUUGCCCAGUCUUCAGGGCAUCGCUGUGCUAAACAUACCCAGUUAUGCUGGAGGAACAAACUUUUGGGGAGGGACGAAAGAGGAUGAUACAUUCACUGCUCCGUCAUUUGAUGACAAGAUUCUGGAGGUGGUAGCCGUAUUUGGCAGCAUGCAGAUGGCCGUGUCUCGAGUUAUCAAUCUACAGCAUCAUCGAAUAGCUCAGUGUCGUACAGUGAAGAUCACUAUCCUUGGUGAUGAAGGGGUUCCUGUGCAGGUGGAUGGAGAAGCGUGGAUCCAACCACCAGGAUUCAUUAGGAUCCUACACAAGAACCGCACACAGACACUGACCAGAGAUAGGGCAUUUGAGAAUACUCUUAAAUCAUGGGAGGACAAGCAAAAGUGUGAUUUUACACGGCCAGUAUCCCAGCAUGCAGUGCAGCCUGAGAUCAUCACUGAAGAGGAGAUGUCUCAGAUCAGUGUGUUUGGACAGACCGCAGGAGCUCUCAUUCACAGCAUAAGGGAGAUUGCGCAGUCUCACCCCAGUAUGGAGCAGGAAUUAGCACACGCUGUCAACGCCAGCUCUAAAGCCAUGGACACUGUGUACGCCAACUCCAAGAACAACACAGGUCUGACUUGCAGUGUAGUGCUACAGAUGGUCAGUAAUGUGAAAGCUCUGCACAGUGAGACGGAGCUGUUGCUCACAGGAAAGAUGUGCUUGCAGUUGGACCCACCACAAAAGGAGCAACUGCUUGCUGCGUUAUCAUCCGUUGCGCUGCAGCAGCGCAGACUCCUGGAGAUCAGCUGGAUUAGCGCGGCCAUCGACCCGACAGAUGACGAGGGACAUUCUUUAGAUUUUUCCAAGCGUAGUAGAAGUGCUAAAUUUCGGCUAGUUCCCAAAUUUAAGAGGGACAAGAACAACAAGAACAGGGAGAUGUACACCACUCUCAACAUGCCUGUAAAUCAGUGGGGAGUGGAAGAAGUGGCAUGCUGGUUGGAGCAGCUCUGUCUGUCAGAAUAUAAAGAGAUUUUUAUCAGACACGACGUGCGUGGACCUGAACUGCAGCACCUAGAGAGAAGAGACCUAAAGGACCUGGGUGUAACGAAGGUGGGUCACAUGAAGCGAAUCCUGCAGGGAAUCAGAGAUCUGAAUCGUAACAGCACAGCCAGUGAGGCUUAGACUCUCUGAGCCAAUCACACACUCAGAGGGGUGGGACCAGCCUCAGCACAGCCAAUCAGUUCAGAGGGACCAGUGCAGUGAUGUCACUCAAAUCACGGCUCAGCUCAGUGCCUUCAUUUCACAUUUGGGACAUCAAACUCUACUGCCAGCCUGUGUGUGUCUGUGUGUCUGUGUGUCUCUGUGUGUCUCUGUGUGUGUUUGUGUGUGUUUGUGUGUGUGUGUGUGUGUGUGUGUGUGUGUGUGUGUGUGAGAGAAGGAGGAAUGGAGUGGUAAAUAAGAGCCAUCAUUAAUCAAAGGGCUAAAGACUUAUGAAAGUGAAUUUGGAGAAUGUGCUGUUAUAACUAGCCAUUAGCAAAAAAAAAAAACAACAACAACAAACAUAUCAGGAAUCUGUCUAAUCUAACCACUGCGUCAAGACAAUCAAGUGAUGAUCAUGUGAGAACUAUAUUGGUCCAUCAGAUACAACCACAAUCUACCUGUGUGAGUGUGUGCGAGUGAGAGAGAGAGCUACACUAUUCAGUGUAUAAAAUCCUAUAUCAGUGUUGGGGUUUGUGUCGGCGUAUAAGGUUUAUCUUGUCUGUAGUUUGAGUGAGAAGUCCUCAGUUAAAUUAAAAGUCCUGACUCGUUGAAGUGAACUGUGCAGUGGUGCAUCUUGCUGUGCAGGAUGUUAAAGUCUGUAAUUAAACUUGAUCAUUAACCAAAGCUCCAAGUGUCAUAUGAACACAACCACUCAGAAAUUCAUGAUCACAAGAACCGGCUUCUUUUCCCCUCCAAUCAUACUGAACACGUCAGGAACAGAAAGUGUUAGAAGAUGGGAGUCAUAGAAAGUCCAUUUUUGUUUGAUACCCAACUUCUGUGAUGGUAUUAAAAUCUAAAUAAAUCAGUUCUGUCUGUGGAUCAGUACAGGUGCAGUCACUGAACACCACAUUUAAAAGCCUGAUUAACACAAAUAUGAUUGAACAUGAAUGAUCAGAGGUGUGUGUGUGUGUGAGAGAGAGAGUUAGCGAUUAGCCAUAUCAUUGUCCCGUAGUGUUUGUGUUCAAUAUUUAUUAAGCUCUGUGUGUUUUGUACAAAGCUCUGUAUGAGUGUACAUACAGUCCUCAUGUAGAAACUGUCUAUUAAACCAGCACUAAGUUACAAA